CGAGACGAGACGAGACGCAGCGCCAAGGCAAGCAAACAAAAUAUAAAACAAGAUAAGACAAGACACAAGUUCUGGCACACUCGCCAGCAGCAAUGAUGGAUACAACGAUGACAGCACGCAAUGAAACGGAUGCCAUAAGAAUGAAUGCCACUGGCAAUGGUGGCGCUGGUGCUGGUGCUGGUGGUGGUGGCAACAACAGCUCCUCAUCCUCAUCCUCCACAUCGACAUCAACGUGCGGCGCCAGCGUUGUGGCCAAGCAGCGACCGCCGCCACUGAAAACGGCCACGACAACGGUAACAACGACGCUGGUGAGCAGCAGUGAGGGCGGUCAGCCGCUGCCGCCGCUGGCGUGUGGCGCUGGUGGUGGUGCCAGCUAUCGUGCCACAUUGACGACGCCAUCAACGCCGCGCAUUGAGCUGAGUCGUGCGUCCAGUUCGUCGCAUCAUGAGGAGGACAGUCGCGAGAGCAGUCCCGAGAAUGUUUUUGAGCAGGUAAGUGGGCGUUAG